AUCCAACAAAGCCAUGCACCAUUGUUUAUCCAAAUCAUUUACACCCUAAAAAGCUGACAUGACAGACGUGUUUAAUUAUUUCUCAGCCUCUAUAUCAAGCUCAGGAAGACAUGUCCCAAAAGACUAGCAGGAUUAGGUCGGCUCUGAAAGCAGGCACCGGCAAGCUUGUUGCUGUCUGCUGUAACCAUGGCCAUGGCUUUCAAGAUGGCGACGGAGGGGAUGCGGGUGAAACAGGAGUGCCUGAGCUCGUUCAUGGAGAUGAAGUGGAAGAGGGUGAGCCGGUACGUGGUGUACAAGAUCGACGAGAAGACGAGAGAGGUGAUGGUGGACAAGGUGGGCAGGCCCGGCGAAGGCUACGACGGCCUCGCCGCCUCCCUCCCCAACGACGACUGCCGCUACGCCGUCUUCGACUUCGACUUCGUCAGCGUCGACAACUGCCCCAAGAGAAAGAUGUUCUUCAUCACAUGGUCUCCAACAGCAUCAAGGAUCAGAUCAAAGAUACUGUAUGCUACCUCAAAGCAAGGGCUGAGGAGGCUGCUUGAUGGCAUCCACUAUGAGGUGCAGGCAACCGAUCCUACGGAGAUGGGGUUUGAUGUAAUCAAAGAGAGAGCCAACUGAGCAGAUGAAUGCAUGGCCUCUCAAUCUAGCUAGUAAUAUAUAUAUAUAUAUAAUGACUAAGUAGUAUUCAUGAGGGGGGAUAGAUAACCUUUAGCUCAGCUGAGCAUAGCAUAUAGCACGAGCAAAGGGAUGCAGAGCACCAGAACACGAGAAGCAGAGGCAGAGGAAUCGAAGGGAAACAGCGCAUCAGCAGCAGGACAAAGGAGAAGAUCUCGAUGUGCUGCACGGAAAUUAACGCAAAAGAUUUGAUUGAUGAAGACCCUUAGAUGUUCCUUCGUGAUCCGAACUCAGCACAGGAAGAGUUCAUGUUCAAAUGGUUCCUGUCUUAAAAAUGACAGCAUCUAUCUGCGUUGACGCA